AUGAGCUCCCACGUCGUGGUGAUUGAUGCGAGCGCUCGCAGAGCCACUGUGAAGACGACGCCAAAUAAGCAUCUGGCAGAUAUCCUCCAGGAAGCCUGCGCCAAACUGAAUCUAGAUGCCAACCAGUAUGGCUUAAAACGUAAGAGUAAACAACUAGAUCUGUCAUUGUCUUUUCGUCUUUCUGGCCUGAGCUCUGGGGCCAAGCUUGAGCUUGUCCAAGCGUCACGGUCACCCUCCGUUGUAACUGUCGGUUUACAACUACCGGAAUCAGAAGCCCAGGGGGUACCAAAUGGGCGUAUCCUCGACAAGUUCCCAAGCAACACGACACUAUGGCUGGUCCUACGGAAGUUCGAGGCUGGGGUCGCGGGUGAUGGAAAAACAAGGAACCUGACAGGCAGGGGAGCACCGGCCACGGACAGCGGCAGUGCGGGCGCUGGGAGACUGUAUUAUCAGACUCCUGUUCUUCAGAUUAUGGGCAGAGAACUGUCGUCAUUUACAGACCUGCAGAAGUCACUAGCACAGCUGGGCUAUAAUAGUGGGAAUGUCCUCAUGAGACUAAGUUUCCGGACAACAUCGGAGCCGCUAGAAGAGGCUAUGCAGAAGAUAGGAGAGUACUUCCAGUCUUUUGAAGACAAGUCUGGUGAGAUUGCAGAGGCCGUUGCACCUAUCCAGGAAGGACGUACGAUUGAUGACACGAACCCAUCGGUGACGGCACGAGUGUCUCCUACUCCUGACCCAGCUGCGGAAGCAGUUGGUGGCAUUCCAGCAGAGCCUGUCUCGCAACCUGCAGCACCCGAGACACCCUCAACAGAACCACCGCAGACCCAGACAGUCUUUUCCAGACCGGUGACAGUCUAUCGGCCACCUUCCAGCUCAACUCCACAAUCAGCCCAGACCAAAUAUGAUGAGAACGACUAUAUUCCGUCCGUUGAGCAUGCCAAGUCUCACCAAGACCGGUUGAACGCUUCGUCUCGUCCAACUCGUCUCCCGACAGAUGCAGAGAUCGCUGCCAAAGCAGCAGCUGAACAGCAGCUACUAGCGAGCAUCAAAGAAAUCGACGUCAAAGUCCGUUUCCCAGACCAAAGUCAGGUGGUAGCGAAGUUCGGGCAAGAAGACACUGGGAAGACCUUGUAUGACUUCGUUAGAAGUUGUCUAGAUGAGCCAUUUACUGCUGAGAAGUUUAAUCUGAGCACCCCUGGUGCGCCUGCACUCAUUGGUGGUAAGAGGAGCCAUUCGAGUAUUCCAGAUUCAGAUACAUCUCUCUUGAUUCGGGACUUGGGUAUGAAGGGACGCAUGCUGGUCAACUUCUCAUGGGACCCUAACGCCUCCCUCGCUGCUCGCGGCAGCGGGGCGAUGCUCUUGAAACCGGAGCUGAGGAGCCAAGCCCAGGAUAUCAAGGUGGAGGAAAUCAAAGCCCUCGAGGAGCCAGAACAACCAAGCAGGUCACUGGGAGGACCGUCCGCGGCAGCAAGCAAUGAGACCAAGCGGAAAGGAGGCACAGGAGGCGUGCCCAAGUGGUUGAAGCUGCCUGGCAAGAAAUGA